GGAAGGCGCGGCUGACGUCGUAAACCCCACCCUCGGCGGCUCCAGUGCUGCACGUCGUGUGUUGUUAUGGGGCUGGAGGAGGGUUGGAGUCAGUGAAGAUGGAGGAGGCUGAGGGAGAGCGAGAGGAGCAGGAGCUGAGCAGUCUGUUAUUGGACAGUACAGUGGAUUUUGCCUCAACCUUCCACCAGCUUGUGGCAAAGUAUGCCCCCACCUUAUACACCAAUGGCCUCCAUUCUCAAGUGGACAAUCAGGAGCAGUUAUUUCAAGCAAGUAUCCUAACGCUCAUAGAGUGGCACCUGUUUGGAGAGGACCCUAAAUCCUUUAUGGAGAAAUUGCGUGGGAGUGAUGCACCUCCUCUAUGCGGUAAGGUGUUUCGGAGUGGAGAGACCACAUACUCUUGCAGGGACUGUGCCAUUGAUCCAACCUGUGUUCUGUGCAUGGACUGCUUUCAGAACAGUGUUCACAAAAAUCACCGGUACAAGAUGCACUCCUCAAUGGGAGGGGGCUUCUGUGAUUGUGGUGACACCGAAGCUUGGAAGUCUGGUCCAUACUGCAAAAUCCAUGAGCCUGGUGCUUCAGAUCAGGAUACUGGAUUUCGAUUAACGGAAGAGCUUUUAUCCCAGACUAGGAAAGUGUUUCCCGUUGUCAUACAGUACAUUGUGGACCUGCUUAUCUGGGAGGAACAGAAGAGCCUGCCAGCCUGUCUGAAUAUGGGCCCAAGCAAAUCAGACCGUUACUACUGUGUGCUAUACAGCGAUGAACACCACUCCAAUGAUCACUUUAUCUACAGUCUGCAGAGAUCCCUGGGCUGUGACAUAAAGGAGGCCCAGGCAAUUACCAAUGCGGCUGAGAGAGAGGGCCGUACAACUAUUAAAGAAGGCACUUUAGAUGAAUGUCAAGAAAUUGCAGAAAAGCUCAAGACAUAUUCUGAAAAUGUGUCUUUGCGGCCUCUACGUGUUGAAGUUCUUAGUUUUCUGGUAAUGGCACAUCAAACGUCUGCAUGCCGUCUUGGCAUCUGGUUGAACAAGCUUUUGGCCUACUCAAGUGACUUUCGUCAGAUCUUCUGUCAGGUGUGCUUGGAGCCACAAACAACCACCCUGAAAGAGCUGUGCCAUGUCAGUUUGUUUAUCCUUAGUGACGCCAAACUUCAUAAAGGCUUCAGGAAAGUGCUUCAUGAUCUGAUCUUCAGCAGUUUUUUCAUGGAGAUGGAGUACAAGAAAUUAUUUGCCAUUGAGUUUGUGAAGCGUUAUAAGAAAGUUCAAAAGGAAUACAUGGAUGAUGAGCGAGACAGAAGCAUCUCUGUCACAGCCAUUUCAGUGCAAGUGUUCACUGUUCCCACUCUGGCUCGGCUGCUGAUUGAAGAACAGAGUGUAAUGAGAGUUAUCACGGAGACCCUUCUGGAGGUCCUUCCCGAGUAUCUAGACCUAGAAAACAAGUUUAAUUUUCAGGGGUACAGCCAGGAUAGAUUCUGCAGAGUGUACGCCAUCAUCUUUGACCUCAAGUAUAUUCUUAUUAGCAAACCUACUUCAUGGACAGAGAAACUAAAAGAAAAAUUUGUAGAGGGAUUUCACUCUUUAUUGCGUGUUUUGUCUUGUAUGCAGGGCAUGGAGGCAGUAAGCCGAAUGAUAGGACAGCACGUGGAGAUGGAUUCUGACUGGGAGGCUGCGAUAGCCAUGCAGAUGCAGCUGAAGAACGUACUGCUGUUAAUCCAGGAGUGGUGUGCCAGCAAUGAAGAUGUAUUGCUGAAGACCUACAAGGAUUGUCAUCGCAGUGUCCUUCAGUGCUUUAAACCAGCAGCCUCUCCGCCGAAGACACUUGUGGAGAUGUGUGGUCAUUCCUAUCAAAGUUAUCCAUUUAAAGUCUCUCGGGAUCCUGUCAGCAUACAUCUGCCCCUCUCCCGGAUGUUGGCAGGUUUACAUUCACAAAUGAGUAAAACGGGUCUCAUCACAAAACUGCCAGAACUUAUUUCCCCUGAUGACUUCCAGAUGGAACUUCUCAUUGAAAGUCCAUUGCGAUGUCUGGUGCUUGCUGGUCAAGUAGCAGCUGAGAUGUGGAAGAGAAAUGGCCUCACAAUAUUAAGCCAGGUUUUCUACUAUCAGGAUGUGAAAUGCAGGGAAGAGAUGUAUGAUAAAGACAUUGUGAUGUUGCAGAUUGGGGCAUCAUACAUGGAUCCAAAUAGUUUCCUGCUAAUGGUGCUGGACAGAUAUGAGCUUGUAGAGGCUUUGUCUAAAGUUUCUAUGCCAUCCAAAGACUUGGACCAGGCGAGGCAGUGGAACAGUCUAAUUGAGGAAAUGCUACAUGUUCUCAUUUGCAUUAUUGGUGAACGGUAUAUGCCGGGUGUCAGCAAUGUUACCAAAGAGGAAUGCAUGAUGAGAGAAAUUAUCCAUCUCUUGUGUAUUGAACCCAUGGCUCACAGUGCCAUUGCUAAAGCCUUGCCAGAAACUGAGAAUACCGACAUUUGCUUGGAUGUUCUUAUCAACAAAGUGGCUAAUUUUAAAAAGCCAGGGGUAUCAGGACAUGGAGUUUAUGAACUAAAGGAUGAAUAUCUUGACCAAUUCAAUGUGUUCUUCUAUCAUUACACCAAAACCCAACGCAGUAAGGCUGACCACACACAGAAAAAACGGCGGAAACAAGAAAAUAGCUCUGAAGCGUUACCACCUCCACCUCCUCCAGAGUUUACUCCAGCUUUCCAGAAUGUCAGUAACCUGCUGUGCUGUGAUGUGAUGAUGCACCUUCUCCGGACUAUCGUACAGAGGGCAGCAACACAGGAUGCAAUCUUGUGGACUGAAGGCAUGAUACAAAUGGCGCUUCAUAUUAUAGCUCUGGGUUUGAUAGAAGAAAAACGUCAGCUACAGAAGGCUGCUGAGGAGGAAGUGACAUUUGAUUUCUAUCACAAGGCAUCACCAGGAAUUGGAAGUUCAGAUGUGAAUUCCUCAAGUCUUGUGACUGUGCUAGAGAAGCUGAAAGCUGUGCCACAACUGGAGGCCCAGAAGGACAUGAUAAGCUGGGUAUGGCAGUUGUUGGAAUCUGUGAAAAGGCUACGUGAGAAAUCUGGCCAGACAGCAAUCGCGAUGUACUCCUCUGAUGCUGGUAAAGUGGAUGAGGGACAGAGCGCCCAAGACAAAGAGAAAAGAAAACGGAAGGCAGAAGCAGCAAGACUUCACCGCCAGAAGAUCAUGGCACAGAUGUCUGCUAUGCAAAAGAAUUUCAUUGAAACAAACAAACUUUUAUAUGACACCGCUCAGGAAGCACAGGCGACCUCCAUUCCCAUGGAGGAGAAUUCAUUAACAGUUGUCGGAGGUUCCAGAAUUGCUUUGGGUCCCAAGCGUGGGCCAUCUGUGUCUGGAGAAGAAGUCCUUACUUGCAUCCUUUGCCAGGAGGAACAAGAAGUGCGGCUAGACAGAUCUACUAUGGUGCUGACUGCCUUUGUGCAGAAAUCUACCACCCUGUCGCAGUCCCGAGGCAUUACUUUCAUACACUCAGGUGAAACAUAUAAUCCACUAUUCACCAGCCCCGAAUUGUCUUGUGGAACCCACACAGGAAGCUGUGGCCAUGUGAUGCAUGUCACCUGCUGGCAGAAGUUUUUUGAGGCCAUGCAAGCGAACAUACAACACCAUCUUCAUGGAGAUAUGAUCUAUGACCUUGGAAAUGGAGAAUAUUUAUGCCCGUUAUGCAAAUGUCACUGCAACUCUGUUAUUCCCAUCAUCCCAAUUGUGGCAGAGCAAGUUAACAGUGCUGAGGCCGAAUCAUUGGGAGAGGUACUGUCAUUGUCUCGCUGGUUGGAUGUUGUUGGGACCAGGAUAUCGGGUUACAAUCUGAAAAUCUCAAAAGGGGAAAAGUCAUUAUCACCUCAAUUUCUUAAAAGUGAAGACAGUCAAAGUUAUGAGUUCAGAUCCAUCCUGAGCUUUGGAGUACAGUCACCGCCGAAAUAUUCUGCUAGCACAAAAGAAAUACUGGCCCAUUUUGCUGAAACUGUCUACUGUGUAGGUCUGAACGUUCCACCUAACGGAAGCGACCCGCGUGUGCCCGUGAUGACCUGGAAUACAUGUGCAUUUACCAUACAGUCUAUAGAGAGUUUACUAAGGGAUGACGACAAACCUUUGUUUGGUUCCCUGCAGAACCGGCAGCAUUCUGAUCUUAAAACCUUAGUGAAAUUUGCUGAAGCACAAAGAGUCACGUGUCAUCAAACUACAAUACAGAGCCAUCUUGUGCAGUUACUUACAGUGUUCUUGCCUAAUAUAAAGCUUGAGGGAACGCCGUCCUUCCUGUCUGUGGAUGUGUUCCAUCUUCUGGUGGGGUCAGUUUUGGCCUUUCCAUCUUUAUACUGUGAAGAAGGUGUGGGGCUGCACCCAUCGUCUUUAAUCUCUUCAUACAACCAUCUCUACCUCUUCCAUCUGCUCACAAUGACUCAUAUUCUACAAAUCAUCUUCUCUUCAGCCACAGACUGUGUGCCAUCUGCCAUGCCAGGUGACUGUGAAGAAGCUCAUAGUGCAGCUGCCCUGUGUCAGGACCUUUCACUGCUCAUUACCGGCUUUAGAGCAGCUGAUCUUCCAGGCUGGUAUAUCUGGGACUGCGUGAAGAAGGGUAUUGUCCCUUACCUGCGGUGCUGUGCUCUGUUCUUCCACUAUUUGCUGGGAGUGACUCCACCAGAUGAGUUGAAGUCCUCAUUGGCUCCAGAAGAGCAGCUGGAGGCUCUGUGUAGCUACCUCUGUCUCCCUACUAAUUUACUUGUCCUUUUUCAAGAGUACUGGGACACCGUGAAACCACUUAUUCAGAGGUGGGGAUCUGACCCAGCUGUUCUUAGCGUCCUCGCUGGUAAAACAAGUGCAAUCAGGUACCCAAGGAGUCUUAACACCUUAACGGAGCUGCCUGAAGAUUACAGCAUUCUGCUCAAUCAAGCUUCCCAUUUCAGGUGCCCGAAAUCCCAGGAUGCUGAACGUAAACACCCAGUGAUGUGUCUUCUGUGUGGGGCCAUACUGUGCUCUCAGAACACUUGUUGUCAGGAGGUGGUCAAUGGAGAGGAGCUGGGGGCUUGCACCGCACAUGCAUUGCACUGUGGAGCUGGAAUCUGUAUAUUCCUCAAGAUUAGAGAAUGUAAAGUUGUGCUUACUGAAGUGAAAACAAGAGGCUGCUUGUACCCAGCACCAUAUCUGGAUGAAUAUGGAGAAACUGACCCUGGUUUAAAACGUGGGAAUCCACUACGACUCUCCCGUGAAAGAUACCGAAAGCUGCACCUCAUGUGGCAACAGCACUGCAUCAUUGAAGAAAUUGCACGUAACUUAGAAAUAAGCCAGACAUUUUUUGGCUUCAAUUGGAGUCUCCUUUAAAUGUCUGUUUAGGUGCAAUUGGGACAAGCUUUAAUGAUCCCUCUUCACAUCCCAAUGACUGCAAUGUAUGCAAAUAUAUUUUUUUACUUGGAUAAUCACAAAAUUAUAAGAGGAUUCCCCGCACCAACGUAAAGAGAAGUCAAGACAUGCUGCAAACCGUGUUUUAUAUGUUUAUGUCAGUUCUCAUUUUAUUAGUCCAGCGUUGCCAACUAUACCUGGUUUGAUAAUGCAAUUAAUGGUUAUUUUUUCAUGUGUUUUUAUAAAAAAGAAAAAAAAAGUAAUAAAGCUUUUGUUUGAAAACAUA